UAUUGGUUUAAUAUUUAUGGAAGCGUAGAUCUCCCGCAGAAAUCAAGUAAGCUCUCUCCCUCACAGAAGUAAUUCCAGAAACUGCGUCUAGUAGAAAGACAACAAUGGCGACAUUGAGGAACUUGAAGAUAAAGACAUCAACGUGCAAGAGAAUAGCCAAGGAGCUUCACUCCUAUGAGAAAGAGGUCGAAACAGAGUCUGCUAAAACCGCCGAUAUGAAGGCAAAAGGCGCCGAUCCAUAUGAUCUCAAACAGCAGGAAAAUGUGCUGGCUGAAUCUAGGAUGAUGGUUCCUGACUGCCGCAAGCGUCUAGAGGCUGCUCUAAGUGAUCUUAAAGGCACUCUGGUCGAGCUGGAGGAGUCUGGUCAAAAAGAAGGUUCAGAAAUUGAUGAUGCUCGGAGCACCAUUACAGAUGUUGAACAGAUAUUUCAAUCUUCAGACGCUUAGUUGUAUUCUAGACUUGGGUUUGUUCUGUGUCGACUGUGGUUUAUGAAUUCGCUUUGCUGCUGUGGUGGAUAAUGAUGAGUGUUGAGAAAAAAUGGGGAUUGGGUCAUCUGUUUUGCCAUAUGAUUAUCGCUAAUUAGCUUUAUCUCAUUAUUGCUAAUUUUGCAUCAUCUGUAGAUGUGAUCUCAUCUUUCAUGUUUUACUUGGAAACAAAGAUUAUGUGUCCUAUUUCAAACUCAUAUAUAUAGAUCAUUAGAAAUCUCGAUUCAAGUUCACACUCA